AUGAUUUCUAGACCGUCCCUCACGAGGGCUGCGCAGCAGACCCUCCGCAACUCGAGCUGUGCUCCCACAAUCUCGGGUCGUCGGUUCGCCAGCGCUGCUGCUGGCUCCGGCGCCUUUGAGACCGCCGACGUUGGUGGUGUCAAGGUUGCUGCCAGAGACUCCCAGGGCCCUACGACCAAGUUGGCCAUCGUGGCAAAGGCCGGUACCAGAUACCAGCCUCUUCCCGGCCUGGCCGCUGGCCUCGAGUCUUUCGCCUUCAAGAACACGACAAAACGCUCUGGUCUGCGCAUCGUUCGCGAGUCUGAACUCCUCGGCAGCCAAUUGACCGCAUACCACACCCGCGAAGCCCUCGUCCUCGAGGCCAGCUUUUUCCGCGAUGACCUUCCCUACUUCACGGAACUCCUCGCCGAGGUCGUCUCCCAGACCAAGUACACCACCCACGAGUUCCACGAGGAGGUUCAGCCUGUUCUCCGAUUGAAGCAGUCUGGCACCAGCGCUGCCGCUCUUGCCCUUGACUCCGCCCACUCCGUUGCUUUCCACUCCGGCCUCGGCUCUCCCUCCAACCUGACGCCCUCGAUCCCUAUUCAGCCCUACCUCAGCGAGUACGCCGUUUCCGACUUCGCCCAGGCCGCCUUCGCCAAGUCUAAUAUCGCUCUUGUCGCCGAUGGUGCCUCCGCCGCGAACGUCAGCAAAUGGGCCGAGCAGUUCUUCAAGUCGGUUCCCUCUGCCUCCUCCGGCAAGCUGGCCCUGAACACCGCCGCCACCAAGUACUUCGGUGGUGAGCAGCGUACCUACAGCCCCUCUGGAAACGCCUAUGUCAUCGCCUUCCCCGGUGCCACCACUGGCCAGGCUUCUCCCGAGCUUGCCGUUCUUGCGGCUCUGCUGGGCGGCAAGUCCAACAUUAAGUGGUCCACUGGCUUCAGCUUGAUCAACAAGGCUGUUGGCGUUGUUCCCGGCUUGUCCACCUCAACCGUCAACCUGUCAUACUCUGACGCUGGCCUCCUGACUAUCCAGCUCGCUGGCUCAGCCUCUGCUGUCCGUGGUGCCGCCCAGGAGACUGCCAAGGCCCUGAAGAGCAUCGCCGAGGGUACCGUUAGCAAGGAGGACCUGACCAAGGCUAUUGCCAAGGCCAAGUUCGAUGCCCUUGAGGCUUCGGAGAAGCGCAGCGGUAGCAUCCUCCUCGCUGGAUCCAGCCUCGUCCACAGCGGCAAGGCCGUUGACGCCACCGAGGCCAUCAAGUCUAUCGAGUCUGUUACGGCUGAGAAGCUCAAGGCGGCGACGAAGACGAUCCUGGAGGGUAAGGCCAGUGUUGCGGCAGUUGGUGACCUUUUCGCUCUGCCGUACGCUGAGGAGCUUGGCCUCCGGGUAUAA